AUGAACAUUUGCCCUAUUCGAUAUGCACCAUAUUUGAAUAAUUCUAGAAGGCGACAAAGAGUGAUAGAUCCUAGCAGAGCAAAGAGUUCUCAAGGAAUGAGAUAAAAUAGUUCGAGUCAAUAAAGAUGUUCCACCUAGUAAAGUCCUAACAGAACACCUAGUUAGGGCGAAUUGCAGCAAUUAGAAGUAUGAUGAGAUUUGUUUAGAAUGAUAGAUUUAAUAAUAGGCUGGACCAAUUGCACAGGUAUUAGUUAAUUUGAGUGUGUCUAGAAUUACUAAUAAUUGUUUCUUUCAACUUAGAUUAGGAGAAGUCCUUCUUUUCGGUUAAAGAAUUAUCAUGCAUCUGAGAUUACAUCAAGUGCCUAAUCAACUUCAUAAUAACGAAAAUAGAAUGUUAUAGUGAAUGGAAAGUAAUAAAUAAAAAUAAAAUAAUAGCAAAAGUAAAGAGGAAAGAAUCAAUAGAAUAAAUUUCUUAGGGGAUUUAUUAUAAUAAAUGGAGUAAAAUGGAUAAUAAACAAAGUAAUCUUUAUCUACAGAAAUGACCACAGUUCCUAAACCUAAAUUUGAAAUUCUGAAUACAAGGACAUUAACUGAAUAUGAAUAAAAUAUAGAAGAACUACACUUUUAUUUAGUAGAUUCUUAAUAAAGAACAAAAUAGUAUGCUUAGGUUAUUGAAAAGCAAAAAAUAAAUAAUUGA